AUGGCAGAGGACCCGGGGCAACUACGGCGUCGCAAACUAUCCGAAUUAGAGUCGCCUCGAGGAAUCACACGUACUCUUCCGCCGCUCGCUAUGAGCUCGCGACCUCCCCCGGCUCCACCCCCAGCUCCAAGACACGGCGGCUCACCAGUCGCCAGUAAUGAGCGCUCCAUCAGGCGCAUAUUGACUCCUAGAUCUCCAUCUUUGCACCGCGCAGCUAGCCUGGGCCAAUUGCAAUCAUCAACAGGCACCAUCAGCGCACAACAAGCUCCUUUCCCGGGCUCUCCUCGUGUGCGGACGUAUACGAUCGAACCCGGCGUUGCCGGCGCUCCUCCUUUGCCCACACCGCCUGCUGGGGUUCGACCUAACUACGGGUUUCCAAUACCUGUAACACCCUCAGAAGCUGCUCGCAGAGCCAGCUCUGGCGUGACUAGGGGCACAAGGAACACAUCUGAUAGUGCCAGCCCGGCGACAUCGUACUCUUCCUACAGCCAGGCUGAACAGACGUCUCCUGUAACGCAGUAUGCGCCCACGGCUGCACUCUCCGGACCAUAUUCCGCUGCCGGUGAAGGUUCCAUUGGUUUCACAACUUCCGGAGAAAGGCAGCGACCACUCGGUAUCCCGAUCUCGUCGUCUGGAGGUCCGAAUGUCUACCAGAUGAUGACAUUGGAGACAACGUCGGGUACAGUGCAACUGCCGGUUGAUGUGCAAGCGGCGUCGAAAAUGGCAGAUGAAAAACGCCGCCGCAACGCUGGGGCGAGUGCACGUUUCAGGCAACGGCGGAAGGAGAAGGAGAAAGAGGCAGCAACGACAAUAUCCAAGCUGGAGCAGCGGGCUAAGGAACUGGCUGAAAAUGCGGAAUUCUACAGGCGGGAGCGCGAUUACCUCGCAAACGCUCUGAUACAAAGCCCUGGUGGGGAACGACAUUUCCCACGACCGCUGUCUCCAAAACGCCGCCGCUCUUCUUCAGCAAUGCCAGGCUCGAGCAUUCCGACGAGCACGGGUUACGGCAGUGCAACGGAGUCAUCGGCACGAAGCCCAGAGGAAGAGCGUAGUAUAGGGAGUAGGCCGUCCACCAUCUCACUACCGCCUCCGCCACCCCAGAGCGCGACACUAGGUGCAUCUUACGCGCCCGUUUACGGAUACGGCGCACCGAUCGCGCCGCACUCUGUGCCUCAGGUGCAGCAAAGCAGCGUGCCUCUGGGGCCUCCACCAACAAGGCGCUUAAGUACUGCCGCCCCUUUACCGCCCCUCCACUCCAGCGUCCCUCAACAUCCACCGUUGAUGCAAGCCCUUCCUCAGACGGGCCCUUACAACCCAUACGCGCCGGAACGCCGAGUUCAUGAUCCGUCUAGAUCACGAGAAUGA